AUGUUACGUACUGUAAAACCCCGAAACGCACGCUCCAAGCGGGCGCUGGAAAAGCGCGAGCCAAAGGCAAUCGAGAACCCCAAGACAGCCCUCUUCCUCCGCGGAACGAGCUGCUCGCAAAUAGUCCAAGAUGCAAUGACGGACCUCCACUCCAUGCGUGCGCCCCUCGCCAAGAAGUUCACCAAGAAGAACGAGAUCCACCCCUUCGACGACGCCACCUCCCUCGAGUUCUUCUCCGAGAAGAACGAUGCCAGUCUAUUCGUCUUUGGCAACACGAGCAAGAAGCGGCCCCAUGCGCUGACCUUUGUCCGAAUGUUCGGCCACAAGGUGCUCGAUAUGCUGGAGCUGUAUCUCGACCCCGAGAGCUUCCGUCGCAUUGCGCAGUUCAAGGGAAGGAAGUGUGCGGUUGGGCUUAAGCCGAUGGUCGUCUUCGCGGGGUCCGUCUUCGAAAGCCCCAUUUCAAACGAGUAUACCCUUGCCAAGAGCAUGCUCACGGACUUCUUUGCAGCCCGUGAGUCGACGGAAAAGGUCGAUGUGGAGGGCCUUCAAUACGUCGUCUCUAUCACGGCCGAGGACCCCAUCGACGAUCAGGCGAAGCCCAAGAUCCACGUCAGAGUUUAUCUGAUCCAGACGAAAAAGAGCGGCCAAAGACUUCCUCGCGUAGAGGUCGAGGAAAUGGGGCCCCGUAUGGACUUCCGGGUAGGACGAUCCAAGGACGCGGAUGAGAGCAUGCUCAAGGAAGCCCUGAAGAAGGCUAAGACCACCGAGGAAAAGACGAAGAAGAACGUCACGACCGACUUAAUAGGAGACAAGAUCGGAAGGAUUCAUAUCGGAAAGCAGGACCUCAGCAAGCUCCAAACGAAGAAGGUCAAGGGUUUGAAACGAGGUAGAGAUGAGGCUUCGGACGGCGAGAACGACGUUAUGGCAGUGGGAGAAGACGAGUUGAAGAGACAAAGGGUAUAA